AUGAUCAAAAUUCAGGAACAAAGUCUUGAUGACCUUAUGAAGGAAGAAGAGCUCUGGUGGGCUCAAAGGGCUAAAAUUAAUUGGCUCCAGGUUGGGGAUAAAAAUUCCAAAAUGAGCUCAACUUUCGUGGAGUAUUUUAGUAAAAUCUUUACUUCCUCUAACCCUUUAGAUAUGCAGGAUACUAUAGAUGUGGUGAAAGACAGAAUCAAUAAUGACAUUAUAACUCUCCAAAAAGAUUUCAGUACAGAAGAAGUGUUUGAAGCAAUCAAUCAAAUGAAAAGUACUGCAGCUCCAGGCCCUGAUGGCAUGCCUGCUCUAUUCUAUCAAUCUUAUUGGGAGGUCAUUGGUAAUGAUAUCACUGAUUAUGUCCUUAAAAUCCUUAACCAUAAUGGGGAUCCUGUGUUUCUUUUUUUUGCGCUUAUUAAUGGUUACCCUUCUUCUACCUUUAAACCAAAUAGAGGUAUCAGACAGGGAGACCCUUUAUCUCCAUAUCUGUUUAUCAUCUGUGCAGAAGUCCUAUGUGGCCUUAUUACUAAGGCAAACAAAUCAGAAGCUAAACAUCUAAAGGAAAUCUUUGAUGAAUAUAAAAGAGUUUUAGGCCAGAAAAUCAAUCUUAACAAAUCUGAAAUGGUGUUCAGCCCUAAUAUUAUACAAAGUGUCAAAAAGGAGUUUCAAGACUUCAUGCCUAUCCAGAUCACUGACUCUAUUACCAAAUACUUAGGUCUCCCUACUCAGGUUGGCAGAUCAAAGACUCACACAUUCAACUUUAUCAUGGAAAGAGUCAGAGCUAAAUUAAAAGGGUGGAAGGAGAGGAAUCUAUCCUUCUCAGGAAGAGGUGUUUUAAUCAGAGCAGUUAUUCAAGCUUUGCCUACUUAUGUCAUGAGUAUGUUCCUCAUUCCCGAGGGCAUUUGUGAUAAAAUAGAGCAGGCAAUCUGCAGAUUCUGGUGGGGAGGAAAUGAAGACAGAAGAAGGAUCCACUGGAAAAACAAAGACUUCCUAUUCAAGCCAAAAUUCAGUGGAGGCCAAGGUUUUAGAACUAUGCGCAGUUUUAAUGAAGCUUUGUUAGCAAAGCAAGUCUGGAGAUUAAUUAAAUACCCUACAUCCUUCUUAGCCACUUGCCUAAAAGCCAAACACUUCCCCAAUACAGAUGUUUUAAAAGCUAAAUUGGGUAAUCAACCUAGUUUUGUUUGGAGCAGUAUCUACCACACAAAGUGGAUUAUCAAAAAAGGGGGUCGCUGGUUAAUUGGAGAUGGCAAAAAGAUAGAUGUGUGGGAUGAUAACUGGCUACCUCAUCAGAAUGGAUUCAAAACUGUCUCUAAGCCAACCAAUAACAUUGAUAUCAGAAUUGUGAAAGACCUCAUGGUGGAGGGCCAAAAAAAGAUGGCAGCAGAACUUACUUACAAUAAUAACUUCUACAGGUUUGAAGCUGUAGAACCCUUAAACCCUAAAACCCUUUCACCGCGCCAUUCAGAAACCCUGCACGGCACCACAAACCCCACACCUGACACCACCGCUUCCUCCGUUCCGACGAAGCUUUCGAUUCUUCAACAAACUCUCUAA